CAGGGUUACCGCGCCCAUCUCUGCCGUUUGAUGGCCGGAGGAAGCGCCUGAGAGACCGCGGCGAGGAGAGAGAAAGAAAGACAGAGCAGGAGAGCGAGCGAACAGCGGGACAGAAAGGGAGGCUACGUUCGGAUAGGGACCGGAGUAAACAACUUUGAUUUGAGCCAGCGUCAGAGGGGGGAAAAAAAGACGCGUUGUUUGCAGCUGAAUUAUUGUGAGUGUGUGUGUGAGAGUGUGUGUGAGAGUGAAACGUGCCGCUGUCUUCGCGCCCGUGGUGUGCCGGUGUGUGUUCCCCCCCGUUUGGCGUAUCGAAAGCUGGGUGCGGGGAGUGGCGCUCCUCGGUGAAGCUCGUUAGCUCGACGGAGAGAAAGGGGGAACUCUUUAUCUUUGCUGUUUCCAGUCAAUGCGAUAUAAACAACGGAUUCCCACGACUGAGAACGGAUCAGUAAGUGACCCAGCGCGAGGCAGGAGUGAAGCAUACCAUUUAGAAGAGGAAAAUGAGCGAACUCGACCAGCUACGUCAGGAGGCUGAACAGCUGAAGAACCAGAUCAGAGAUGCAAGGAAAGCAUGUGCGGAUGCCACCCUGUCUCAGAUUACAGCCAACAUCGACCCAGUUGGGCGAAUUCAAAUGCGCACCAGGCGGACACUGAGAGGUCACCUGGCUAAAAUCUACGCCAUGCACUGGGGCACUGACUCGAGGCUCCUUGUCAGUGCUUCCCAGGAUGGUAAACUUAUCAUUUGGGACAGCUAUACAACAAACAAGGUGCAUGCCAUCCCGUUGCGCUCCUCAUGGGUGAUGACGUGUGCGUACGCUCCGUCUGGCAAUUACGUGGCUUGCGGUGGCCUGGACAACAUCUGCUCCAUCUACAAUCUGAAGACGCGUGAGGGCAAUGUCCGUGUGAGCCGUGAGCUGGCUGGCCAUACAGGUUACCUCUCCUGCUGUCGUUUCCUGGACGACAACCAGAUUGUCACUAGCUCAGGCGACACCACCUGUGCUCUUUGGGACAUUGAGACGGGGCAGCAGACGACCACGUUUGCAGGUCACACUGGGGAUGUGAUGUCUCUGUCUCUGGCCCCAGAUGCCCGCUUGUUUGUCUCUGGUGCCUGUGAUGCCUCUGCUAAGCUUUGGGAUAUCAGAGAGGGCAUGUGCAGACAGACCUUCACUGGCCAUGAGUCCGACAUCAACGCCAUCUGUUUCUUCCCCAACGGGAAUGCGUUUGCCACAGGCUCGGACGACGCCACCUGCAGGCUGUUUGACCUGCGUGCCGACCAGGAGCUGAUGGUGUACUCGCACGACAACAUCAUCUGCGGCAUUACCUCGGUGGCCUUUUCCAAAAGCGGUCGUUUGCUGCUCGCCGGCUACGAUGACUUCAACUGCAAUGUCUGGGACACCCUCAAAGCCGACCGUGCAGGUGUCCUGGCAGGCCAUGAUAACCGUGUUAGCUGCUUGGGUGUUACUGAUGAUGGAAUGGCAGUGGCCACAGGCUCUUGGGACAGUUUCCUUAAGAUCUGGAAUUAAAGCUGCAAGAUGGCAUCCGGACUCCAAAGUUGACUGGAAGACCAUUCCAACAUAAUGUUAAAUUUUAUUGCAUAUCCAAUCUUCUUAAAACGCAACACAACUGACCCCCGUUAUCUGAGGAAACAACAGGGCAAAAAAAAAACAAACAAACCGAUUCUCCUUCCCAUAAAAAGAGCACAAUUAUUUCAUUCAGUACAUCACAUGGAAGUCAGUGGGGUCAAAAUUAAAUGGUGGGGGGCGGGAGGGAGGGAGGGGGCCAAAAGUAACUGUGCAUUCCUAACGGGACCAUUCUCCAAGCGCUCAUCACACUGCAAUCGUCAUUUACGCCAACGUUAUCUAACAGAGUAAAAAAGAAAGGCAGCAGACGUUGUCCCCUUACACUAGUCGGGGUUUUCUUUUGCUGUUUGUUUUCUAAAUACACAUCCCGUUUACAUACGGUUAGUGUUUCAAAUGAGGAUCAAAAGCUCUUUUAUCACUUAGUCUUUGAAUAUUUUAGAUUCAAGUUUGUAGAUGGAGGAUAAUGUUGACAAUAAUCACAGGUGUUAUAAUACAGCUUUGUUGUGUCAGAAACGAGGAGUGGUUUGAGCCUGACCUGUAUAUUUAGUCCCACAAUCUAUCAUUAUUAUUAUUUUUUUUGUUUUGUUUUCUGUCUAGUCAUGAGUCUUUGUUUGCACAGGAAUAAAAGCAUUGCAUACAUAGAAUAAUGUUGAAAAUGUUGACUAACCAAGCACAUGCUGUUAAUGAUGAAUGCUCAUUUAGAAAAGAAAGAAAAACGGUCCAUUUUAAAUAUAUUUCUCUUAUUGGUUUUGUUUUUGUUUUUUUUGCUUGAUGAGGGUCAAGAAAUGAAAUGAAGAUUAACCCGUCGUGUAACAGUUUUAAUUUUCUCUUCUCCAUGUUCAUGUCCUUUUUUUUUUUGUUUUGUUUUUGGUUGAGCUUCGGUGUGGAGGGUUCGGGAGGGUUCGGGGGGGGUGGGAGCGGAGGGCUUUCGGGUGUAACUCGAAUUUCCAUUUUUACCCGGUUUCAACACAGGUGCCCGUUCCGUGCUUGGAAAAAAAAAAAAAAAACCCAGUUACUUCUCUGUGAAUGACAUGUUGUAAAAAUCAAUGUUUGAAAAUAAUGAUAUUAAAAAAAAAAACUUUUUAAGUUAAAAAAUUAAAAAAAAAAAAAACCUUUUAUUUUGGUUGUCUGCCAUGAGUGGGUUAACUCUUAGAAUCGCAUGCUGUAGAAUUGCUUAAAAAGAGGUGCAUAUGGAAAGUCCUUUGAUGUUUUUCUUUAAGGAAAUAACCUGUUAAAUAGAUCAUCACAAUGAUAUUUAUAUUCCUUUUUUUCCUCUUCUUUUGCUACUCUGUGCAUACAGAAUCCAAUUAAACUCGCAAAGCUAUGCACUCGAGAAGCAAACACAUCGAUUGACCUGUUCUAUCCAUACCUUGAAGUUUCUAAAACACUCGUACACCGACCCUCUCACACACACACACACACACACACACACACUCAAACUAGAACAAAAAUUGUCAUUCUUUCUGUAGCAAGACAAAAAAAUUCCAGACACAAAGAAAAGAAUGCUAGAGACAUUUUGUAACAAACAGGUUUUAAUGUCCUUUAAUAAAAAAAAGAAAAAAAAACUUUGCAGCAUUUGAAUGGCAGAGAAUUUUUCUGUUGUUCCUUUCUGCGUGUAACGAGAGGCGCUCUUUCCUUAGCGGUAGUGGCAUUUCUUCCAUUCUGUUCUCCCCUCUGCGACAUUCUGUACAAAAACAAAAUAAAAAAGUGCUGUCGUUGUGCAUUAGGCCUGGAGUUGGCAACAAAAUAAAUACAGAAAAAGCUACAAAAAAAAAAAGGAUUAAAUCAAUUCCUUCUCUCUCUCUCUCUCUCUCUCUCUCUCUCUCUCUCUCUCUCUCUCUCU